CAUCGUAAGUUCAGAAGAGGUUUGAUUGAUGGACUGUAGGCGGAAACUAUAUGUUGUAAACUUUGUACGAUGGUCGUAAAGGGCUAAUUUUGCAGGUUUAUUUUUGUCGUUUACGAGACCCUCAAAUCGCGACUUUCAUACAGAAACAAAUCCAUCCGUAACCAGAAAUAGCGCUUGCCUGCUUUAAGUUGUCCGCUGAGUUGAGCUAAUGUUUCCUAGCCUAGCAUAUGUGAGGUAAGUUCGGUUUUGGGUCUGGAUUUGAUCUGGAAUCUGCUGCACAGAUCGCUAACUUUACACCCACCGCAGACCGCCGUAGUGCCGCUAGCAGGUCAGUGAUGUUAGGGGGCAACGGGACGGCCAGAGGGGCUGGACGCUCCGGUAAUGGCACGGGUUUGACACCUCUACAGGUGGGCAGCACAUCUGGGGCUCUGGGGGCUGUAAACUCUGCCAUUAACUUGCCCGAUGGGGGCAGAUACGACGACGGGCCGUCGGUCGAGGCUGUGCUGAGCGGCUCCGAUGGAGACUCAGACUCCGGGGACGAUGAAGAGAGCCCUGUGCCGGACAGGAGAGGGGUGAAGCGGGAGAGGAGCGAGCUGGAGGUCGGGGGAUCUUCUGUAUCUAACGCCGCACUCUCAGCGGGAUACGGAGGGGUCUCCAGUGGGGUGGCCGGAGCGAAGCCCGGCAAGAAAACGCGAGGACGGGUGAAAAUUAAGAUGGAGUUUAUUGACAACAAGCUGAGGAGAUACACGACCUUCAGCAAGAGAAAGACUGGCAUCAUGAAGAAGGCUUAUGAACUCUCUACCUUGACGGGGACGCAAGUUUUACUCUUGGUAGCCAGUGAAACAGGCCACGUCUACACAUUUGCCACACGGAAACUUCAACCCAUGAUCACCAGUGAGACGGGUAAAGCCCUGAUCCAGACCUGCCUGAAUUCCCCUGAUUCUCCACCCCGUACGGACCCUUCAACAGACCAGCGGAUGAGUGCCACAGGAUUCGAGGAGACCGACCUCACCUACCAGGUCUCAGAGGCUGAUGGUCUCACUGAGCCAAAGGAAAUGCUAAAGCCUACAUUCACUUCUGCCACUUUACCCGGAGGCACCAACACCAUCAGCACCACCACACAGUCACCGGUCUCUUCCUCGCCCUCCUCAUCCUCAGUGGCCAUGCACACCCAGAGCAGCGGCCCCUCGCUCUCUGGCACCACCUGCUGGCCGGUGGCGGCGGGGAUGAACGCUCAGAGCAUCUCCAGCGCAAACGGCACCGUGCUCAAAAGUUCUCAGGCCGGCAUGAUGCAGCUGCCCACCGGAUUCACACUCAUGCCAGGCGCUUCUCUUCCGCCGGGCACACACACUGUUCCUCUCAGUCAGCUGCAGACACACUCUCUGGCCAUACAGUGUCCACAGACGCAGGCUAACAGCAGCAGCAGCACCGCUGUGCCCGCACACACACAACCCGCCACGCUCUUCCGCCUGCCAGCCGCCGUCUCACUCACAGGUGGAGCGAUGCCUCAACAGCUCCAAGCCAUCCAGGUUCAUCCCAGUCCUCAGAGCAGCGACAGCAGUCCCGAGAUCAGCCAGACGUCCAGCAGCGCCGCCGCUAGCCACACCGCUACUAUAGUCACGUCCUCAGUGCCUUCUUCAGUGGCCGGACACAUGAUGUACCCUGGAGCUCACGUCAUGUACGCCACCUCCACCCCUACCCUCACUGACGGAGGCCUGACUGUGCUCAGCGCCUUCCCACAACCCCCCAGUGCAAUGCAUGUGUCACACACGCCGGCGCAGGACUCAGGUGGAGUUCCUCAGAUGUUCCUCACAGGACCUCCUGGAACUGUUCAGAUCCCAGUUUCAGCCGUUCCACUUCAUUCGAUGUUAAUAAACCAGCAGCCCUCCGGCAGCAGCAGUAGCACCCUCACCGAGCUGCGUGUGGUCAAUCUGGACAAUCCCAAAGGAGACUGACCCCAAACAAAUCAGUGACGCUCCAGGGCUCACUCAUGCCAUCCAAUCAGACUGCCAUCAUAUUUAUUACUGCCUUCUCUCCAUGCGAGGUUCGAGAAUAAAGAGCUGUAACAGGACAUCUGAAGGAUCAUCGCAGCUCCUCAUUUCGGUGGCCGGUGUGAUUUUUAAUGGAUCGCUGUUGUCAUUUUCGUUCACAUUUAUACACAGACACGCAUUUGUACUUCAGGAUUUCAUACAGACGACACACAAUCGCUGCUGGAUGUUCACCUUUUUUGGGCUGGAAGAUACGAUUGCUCAUUUUGAGUAAAAAUUUGCGCUUUUUUUUUUGAAUAAUUGGCAACUUUCACCCUUCAAUGCGGCUUUGAUUUGUGUUAAUUAUCAUCAAGAUUAUCAUCAAUUAUUAUCUUUAAAUGCUUGGAAUUAGUUUUUUUUUGUCCAACUUUCUUUACAUGCAAAUCAAUGGAGACUGAUGCUGUCAAACUCGGAACGUACCAUAAAACUGGUACAGUUUCUAAAAAGUCGAUGCUUUUUUGCUAGAUUUCGAGCUGAACUGCAUCCGCACCAAUUUAUAACCAUUUUGAACCGAGCAGGGUGAGAAAACGUCGCCCUUAAAGUGAUGCUGGAUACUCUUGCACUGCCUUCAACAUUCAUUAGGAAGUCAUUACUCGUCAUUUUUCACCCUCAUCCGGUUUUAUUUGGCCUCAAUAUGAAGUUAAAACAUCCAUUUUAUUUCACCGUGCUGCUAUAAUUGGAUUCAAACUAAAGUAUCGCAUGUCAUUCCAUGUUUUAAUGCUGUGCCAAACUUUACUGUAUUGAUAAAUCGAUGAUCGAGUCAACGUUUCUGCUUCGAGGCUUCACACAACACACGCUUUAGCCACUUUUUAACAAUGCUGUACCCAGAGAAACACUGACUUGCAUUUGCACUGCAUGAAAACCGCGGGUGAUUAAAUACACGCGGUUGGGUUGAGCGUUUUUUCCACUGCUUUAUGACGUUAGUUAACCAAAAUAUUAAAAUUGCGUGAAUCUAGGUACUACAAUGGCAGAUUUAGUUCGAAACCGCUGUUAUUUUCACUGAAUUAGUUUAUAUGCGCACCGACAUGUUAAUAUUAAUAGGUUUUCUUGUUAUUUUUUAUCACCGUACCCUUAAUUAUGUGUCUAUUAUUUAGAUUUUGAAGCAUCCAAAGGGCUGUAAAAUCUUGACGGCGUUUGCUGAUAAAUGCGAGUGAUUCAGAUCUUUUUUGUUUGAUAUUCGGAGAUGUCCAUGGGCCUCGACUGUACAUUCGUUGUGCAAAUUUGGACCAUAAAGCCUUGUUUUCUAGUACUGUUCAACGGAUUUCAAUGGACCACAGCAAUACCGAGAGUUUCAGGAAUGGUUUUGUCUUCGUUUCAUGGAACUGCACAAGUGGGGAAAAAAAAGGGCGUGUGGGAUUUAUAAAGCGGCCAGAACAAAAAGUGUUUGAUUGUUUUAUUCAGUAUUAAUGCGUUUUAAAUGCAGGGGAAGACUUUCUUGAGUUGUUGAUUUCCAUUAUGAUUGUCCAGGUCACAUUUCACUCAGCCAAAAGGUAAACCAUAUGCAUGUUUUGUGACGAUUAAACGUGUUUAUACUCAUUACUGCUAGCCAAAAGACAAAGAUCAAGUUUUAAUGCAUAUUUUUACUGUUACAGUAAUAUAAUUUGGAUGAAUUUUAUGUUUUUGUUUGUGAAAAUAUCAACAAUCCAAUGGCGAUUUUUCAUGUAAUACUUGCUCAGUUGCUAGUUCAUAGGCUUUUUAAAGAAAGUUUGAAUUGUGCGAUGUAAACUUGCAUUUGACAAGUAAAAAUGAGAUUUGACAGUUUCAAAACAUGUCUGACGAAAAGCUUAGUUUUGUCAUUUUCAGCAAAAUUUCAGUUUUUAUUUCGUAUCAACAUAAAAUCUUAUUUGUGUAUUUUUUGUACAGUUCUGUACAAACGCAAUGAUACAAAUUAGCCUGUAAUUUGUCAAAAUGUUAAAUAAUUUGCAUAUAUGGCAACACCUUUUUCAGAACUGUGAAUUUAGUUUUUAAAUAAAAAAAACAGUCUCAAUUCUGUGAACCAUGUAGAAAGUUAAAACGUGACUUAAGUUUGAAUCACAAGAGGUAAACUUGCAUCUAUGAGUCAGAAUUAAAGAAAAUAAGAGAAGAUCAUUUCUUUUGCUUAAAUAAUACAUUUAAGUUAUACACAUACACAAUACACACACGUUUCUGGAAAAUUUUUUUUUUUUUUUUCUUUUUUUGAAUUAGGGGCUAUUUUGUAUUAAUUUAUAUUAUUGUUUUUAUAAUUUGCACAUGCGAGGUUACUGCAAACAUGCAUAUAAAGGAAAUUGGCCUCUAGUUUGCCAUAAUGCAAAAUACUUUGCAAUACGUUUUUCUCAGAACUGUGAAUUGUGAGUUUUUAACCUAAAUUUAACAUGUUAACACCCAAUUGUGAGAAACUGGAAAAUCUGUGAAGAAAAUAAAAGUUUGAAUCGUGAAAUGUAAACUUGCAUUUAUGAGUCCAAAUGAGAGAAAGUUGCAGUUUUUUUAGUUUCAUGGCAAAAAAAAAAACAUUUGAAACUAUUCAAAAAUAUCGUAAUUUUGCAAAACUUCUGCAAUUUUCUGUUGAAUUAAAUAAUUUGUAAGUAUUUGCAGAAAAUCACAAUUUUUUUUUUCAUUUCACAGCAGAAAAAAAUCUACAACUGCGAAAUAUACGACUGACGUAAAUCUUUUAUAAUAGAAAUUUCUGCAACAAUUUCUGUUGAAUUAAAUAAUUUCAUAAGUCUUUUUGCAAUCAGUGGCUAUUUCAUAUCAAUUUAUACAAUUUUAUUUGUGUGUUUAGUAUAGUUUGCUGAUGCCAGGUUCCUGCAAAAAUGCAUACGAAUGCGAUGUUACGAAUUCAUCUCAAAAUUGCUUAAAUGUUAAACACUUGCACAUCUCGCACUUAGUUUUUUUUUCAGAGCUGCAAAUUGUGUUUUUAAUUGUUUAAUUGCAAAAUACAAAGUCUCAAUCCUAAGAAAACUUAGAAUUGAAAAUGUUAACUCGCAAUUGCAACGAAAACGUGAAGUUUGAUUCGUGAGAUUGAAACUUACAUUAAUGAGUCCAAAUGAGAGAAACUUGCAAAUUUUUUGUUUUAUGGCAAAAAAAAGCGCACAUUUGAAAUGAUUCCAAAAUAUAUGUUGAAAUUACGCGAAAUUUCUGCCAAGAUUACUGUUGAAUUAAAUAGUUUGUGUUUUUGCAAAUUAGUGGCUGUUUUGUAUAUAAUUAGCAGAAUUUAUUAUUUUUUUUUUCAUUUCAUGGCACAAAAAAACACUUUUUGAAACAUUUGAAACAAAUGCGGAAUAAACGUCUGACGAAACUCUUCUAAUCAAAAUUUCUGUGACAAUUUAUGUUGAGUUUUUUUUUUUUUUUUUUUGCGCUAGUAUUUUUGCAAAUUAGUGGUUAUUUCAUAUCAAUUUAUACAAUCUUAUUUGGGUGUUUAUUACAGUUUGAUCAUGCAAGGUUACUGCAAAACUGCAUAUGAAAGCGAUGUUAUGAAUUCACCUCAAAAUUGCCAAAAUGCUAAACACUUGCUUAAUUCGCACUGUUUUUUUCUGUUCAGAACUCUCAAUUGUGAGUUUUAAACUUUUUUUUUUUUUUUUUAAAUCGCAGGAUACAAAGUCUCAAUCCUAAGAAAAAAGUCUGAAUUAAAAAUGUUAACAAGCAAUUGCGAUGAAAACGUUAAGUUUGAAUCGUAAGAUGUAAACUUGCGUUCGUGAGUCCAAAUGAGAGAAACUUGCAGUUUUUUUCGUCUCAGCAAAAAAAACGUACAUUUGAAACGAUUCCAAAAUAUACGUCUAAAUUUCUGCAAAGAUUUCAAUUAAAUUAAUUCGUAUAAAGUAUUUUUGCAAAUUAGUGGACAUUUUGUAUAUAAUUAACAGAAAAUUUAAUUUUUUUUUCAUUUAAUGGCACACAAAAAAAACACCUUUUAUCAAACGAUUGAUAAAUAUUCAUCUGACGAAAAUCUUUCUUCAAAAUUUCUGCGACAAUUUCUGUUGAAUUAAAUGAAUUCGUAAGUAUAUUCGCAAAUAAUGGCUAUUUCAUUUCAAUUUAUACAAUCUUAUUUCUGUGUUUUGUACAGUUUUCUAAUGCCAGGUUACAUCAAGAAUGCGAAUUAAUGCGUUAUGAAUUCGCUUCUAAUUUGCCAAAACGUUAAACAAAUACGUUUUCAUGUGACGAAUACUUGGAUAAUUGUUUUGUAUCGCAUUGUUUUGUUUUUGUUUUGAGUGAAAUCGGACCUGGAUGACUCAGUCUUUGUUUUAAUCGACUGUUAUAGUGUGAAAUUAUCUAAACACUAGAAGAAAGUGUUGAAUGUACCGUACCUUUAUUGUACAUAACUUGAUUUCGUACUUAAGGAUCUGUAAGUAGCUCACGCGGCUGCAUUUGAUAUAAAAAAAAAAAAAAACGUUUGGAAAUAUUCAGUGGACUGUAUAUUAGUUUUAAUGUGAAGCGCCGACAUUUGCCAGCGCUUUUUCCUUUUUCCUUUAUCACAGUGUAACAAGUUGUGGUGGAAAUGUUUGCUUUAUUAUUAUGUUUUACUAUUAUGAUUAUCUUCUACAGUGCCAUUUUCUGAAGAAUUAGGUUGGUUUUGUUAGAUGGUUGGGUUGUUUUUUGUAUCACAUGCUGGUUUAUUCGUUUGAUUUUACGAUUUAAGUUGACAAUACGAAAAAAUUGAAAGUGAAAAACUACUUUAACCACUAAAGCAUAUUUGUUGUUAAAGAAAUGCUGUAAUUAUGUAUAGAGCUUUCUUUUGGAAUAAAAGAAAGAUUUGAGAAAUAAAUUUACACCUGUUUAAACUUGUGAA